UUUUAAACCUGACUUUACAUGAUUAAGAAUGACGAUUAUGUCUUUUUCAUUGCAUGUCAUUUUUUUGGGCAAAACAUAUAUCAGGCAUUGGUGGUGAGGAUCUACGAAAUUUUGUCAUGAGAGCGAUGCCAGUUUUACUAGAUGGUCAGCUUGCUCGUCAAUUCAAUUUGACAGGGCAGAAGGGGAAAAAAUCGUUUAAAGCACUAUUGCUUUGUCAAGUUUUUUUGAGCGCUGUGAAACUAAACCCAAAUACUAAUCAAUGCAAUAAUAAAGAUAUUGAAAUUGACUUAUCAAAAUGGUUUUCAAACGCAAGAGAUCGUGGUACUGACGGUCGCCGGUAUUCAAUUACGAAAGCUACAACGACUGCUCCCAGUUCAGAUUAAUGGACAAAAAAAACAUUAAACGUCUUUCAAAAAUUGUUUUAUUUACUCAGUUUUUUAAAUAAAGAACAAAAUUCACCAAAAUCGGUUUAUAAAGUCUUUCAAAUAUCCUGCUAAAUUGCGAAACUAACAUUUUUAAUAUUAACAAUUUACUUAUAUCCGUUCGUAGAGAAAAAUAAACCAGAAAACUUACGGGACCGUCGUGGGCAUUCCUGUAAAAUAUCGAAUAUGGGACCCUUAUGGGCAUCACAUAACGCAAACGUGUAUAAUACCAGAUAGCCUAUAUGGGAACCAUAAGGGCAAAUAAACGGUAAAUAUAUGGGACCCUUAUGGGCAUCCCAGGGGGCAACUUUUCUGGUUCCCAGAUGGGACCCCGGGACA